ACCCCCCCCCCCUACAUGUGGUGGUCUGUCUGUUGUUCGGUUCAUCGGUGGCUGUUUCCUGGAUUUUGUGUUACUGCUGGACUGCCUGAUCAUUCACCAUCUCACCAAUGCUGUCGCGGUGUGGGGAUGUGUGGUGAUUUGCUGUUGGACACGCAGGAGAACAUGUUGGUCACAAACAUUACCAGGUUCGGGAGCGGGGCCACGCCUCAACCGCACCUCAAGGCUACAUUUACCGCUCCGCUCAGCCUGCCCCGCUUGUUUCCCCCGCUUCCCUGCCUCUUCAUCCCUUCCUGUUCAAUCAGGGCACAGGGAUCCCCAGUGCGUUACAGACUGAAGCCAAUGGGUCCUGACCACCAGUCCAUAUGUGACAAGUUGGGGAGGGAGAACGGGUUGACAAAUCAGGCUUCAGCCGGUAACCCAGAGUCUGAUUCUGAAACACAGGCAGAACAACCAGAACCAGGUCACAACCCAGACUGGAUCCAGAGUUUCAGAGCGAUGUCCAGCUAUAAGAGAGCUACGUUGGAGGAGGACGAAGUGUCGGACGCUCCGGCUGAGGCAGCCUCGUCUCCUGACAGAGUGGAGGUGGGUUUCAGGAAGGGAGGCGUGGAUAUUCUGGGCAGGAGGACUCAGCUGGAGGUUCUGCUGUCGGUCCUGCUGCUGGCUGCCCUGCUGGCUCUGCUGGCCUGUCUGCUGGUGCUGGGUCUAGGAUUCAGCUCAGACAGUGGGCGUGGCCUGUGCCUGUCGGAGGCGUGUGUCACUGUGGCGAGUCAGAUGGUGGAAGCGAUGGACCGCAGCGUCGACCCGUGCCACGACUUCUACCAGUUCGCCUGUGGAGGCUGGAUAAGGAAAAACCCGCUGCCUGACGGACGAUCUCGCUGGUCCACGUUCAACAGCAUCUGGGAGCAGAACCAGGCACUGCUGAAACACCUGCUGGAGAACGGGACUUUUAACAGCAGCAGCGAGGCGGAGAGGAAGACUCAGUCCUACUACCUGUCCUGUCUCAACACGCAGAGGAUCGAGGAGCUGGGAGCUCAGCCUCUAGUGGACCUCAUCGCAAAGAUCGGGGGCUGGAACAUGACGGGUCCCUGGGAGAAGGAGAACUUCAUGGAGGUUCUGAAGGUGGUUUCUGGUCCAUACAGAGCUCAGCCUUUCUUCAGUGUCGGAGUCAGCGCUGAUCCUAAAAACUCCAAUAGCAACGUCAUCCAGGUGGACCAAUCAGGGCUCUUCCUGCCGUCCAGGGACUAUUACCUCAACAAGACAGCCAAUGAGAAGGUGCUGGUUGCGUACCUGGACUACAUGGUGGAGCUGGGGAUGCUGCUGGGGGGGGAGAAGAGCUCCACUCAGCUUCAGAUGCAGCAGAUUCUGGAGUUUGAGACGGCGCUUGCCAACAUCACUGUCCCACAGGACCAACGGCGGGACGAGGAGAAGAACUACCACAAAGUCACCAUCGCUGAAUUACAGCUGCUGGCUCCGGCCGUGGACUGGUUGGACUACCUGUCGUCCUCUCUGUCUCCCCUGGAGCUGAACGACACUGAACCCGUCGUCCUGUACGGCAGAGAGUACCUGCAGCAGGUGUCUGAACUCAUCAACAAGACCGACCGCAGUCUGUUGAAUAACUACAUGAUGUGGACGUUGGUUCAGAAGAGCGUGGCCAGUUUGGAUCAACGCUUCGAGAACGCUCAGGACAAACUGCUGGAGAGUCUCUACGGGACCAAGAAGUCCUGCACCCCCCGCUGGCAGACUUGUAUCGGGAACACUGACGACACUCUGGGCUUCGCUCUGGGAGCGCUGUUCGUCAAGGCGACCUUUGACAAACACAGCAAAGAGAUCGCUGAGGAGAUGAUUAACGAGAUCCGCUCAGCGUUUAAAGAAGCUCUGGACCGACUUGGCUGGAUGGACGACCACACGAGACAGGCUGCUAAAGACAAGGCAGAUGCGAUCUACGAUAUGAUCGGUUUCCCAGAAUUCAUCCUGGACCCCAAAGAGCUGGACGACGUUUAUGACGGGUAUGAGGUGUCAGACGACAGCUUCUUCCAGAACAUGCUGAACUUCUACAACUUCUCAUCCCGCGUGAUGGCCGACCAGCUGAGGAAGACGCCCAACAAAGACCAGUGGAGCAUGACUCCUCCUACAGUUAAUGCCUACUACAUGCCCACUAAGAACGGCAUCGUCUUCCCUGCUGGGAUCCUACAAGCUCCUUUCUACGCCCGCGACCACCCCAAGGCGUUGAACUUUGGUGGGAUCGGGGUGGUGAUGGGUCACGAGCUCACACACGCCUUCGACGAUCAAGGUCGUGAGUACGACAAAGAAGGAAACUUGAGGCCGUGGUGGCAGAACUCGUCUGUGGACGCGUUUCGUGAGAGAACGGAGUGUAUGGUGGAUCAGUACAACAGCUACCUUGUCAACGGAGAGCACGUCAAUGGGAAACAGACGCUCGGAGAAAACAUCGCCGACAACGGAGGACUGAAGGCUGCGUACCAUGCGUAUCGGUCGUGGGUGGAGAAGAGUGGAGAGGACAAAAGACUUCCUGCCGUCAACCUGACCAAUGAUCAGCUCUUCUUUGUGGGAUUCGCUCAGGUGUGGUGUUCAGUUCGAACACCAGAGAGCGCUCACGAGGGCCUGGUGACCGACCCCCACAGCCCGCCCCGAUACAGAGUCAUCGGCACGCUCGCCAACUCUCCGGACUUCAGCCGCCACUUCAACUGUCCUGCAGGGACGCCCAUGAACACCGGGAGACGCUGCGAGGUCUGGUAGACGGACUGAAGAGAGAGCGUAGGCUCAGGGGUGUUAAUUAGAUCCGUUAAUUAACAGGUCGGGUUAGUUAGGAAACUAACAGAUUGUUAACUGACAGGUGAGUUUCUUAAUUAGCGUGUCUUAAUUAGAGGAGUUUGGUUAUUCGGGGCGUUGCAGGUGUGAUCUUAAGUUUCAUGCCGUCAUUAUAAAUCUGUUCAUUAGAGACGAUCAGACUGACUUCCUGUCUGGAAACUAAACAGACUCAGUGGAGACGUGAAGGGACUGAUGAUGAUGAUGAUGGUAGUGAUGAAGCCACAUGGGACGAUGUUGCUGAUUUCUGCUUUAUCACCGCUAUUGAUUAUUAUUAUUAAUGGAAUUUGGUUCGCACGUGUGUGUGUGUGUGUGCGUGUGCGUGUGCGCUGUCUGUCGUAUGAAAGAGCUCUGUAACUCUCUCCCUCUGAUGACAUCACUGUGAUGACCUCAUACAAAGUUGACCUAUUAUCAAUAUAGAUCAGUCGCAGCCGUGUGUGUGUACAGAUCGAUCAGAGUGAUCAGGGGAAGCUGUCGUCUGAUAAAUUCAAGUAAAGAACCUUUUUAAAUUCCGAGGUUACAUCAACAUUAUAAUGGAUCAAUAAAUUAAUGGAUUAUGGUAUAUUUAAGGGUUUUAAUGGGUUAUUUGCAUGGUUUGGGGUUAUUUUAUGGAAUAAAAACACCUUAAAAUUGACCAGAUUGCUUCAUAAUAAAAAAUAAAAGGCCGUUCUGAGGUAUUAAUUAAAAAUUUCAUUUUAUUUGGUACAUUUUAAGUUGGGGUUUUUUUCAGAUCACCUAAUCAACAAUCCAUUAAUUCAUCCAAUAACCACUUAAAUUUGUCAUUGAAAUACAUUAAUGAGUUAAUUAACAGUUUUAUGGUUAAAUAUGAAGGGAUUUUGUUUCUCCUUCAUUUGUACCUUAAAAGGACCUUAAGUUUUAAUUUUAGGUGCAAAUUGAAGGCUUCACUCCAUAUUUUGGGUUAAUUAAUCGUUAAACUUUUACCUUAGCUGAUUAAUUAAUUAAGGCCAUUUUAAGGUGAGUUAAGAAUGUGUGUAAAAAUACCUUUUAAUAUAUUACAAACCAUUAAUUUAUAUCUGUUAAUAAUCAUCUAGAAUCCAUUAGAUACCUUAAUUAAAUUAUCUUAUUUCUACACAUGAAGGGAUUUCAGCCUCACAGUGUUAACCGUUGUCGUUCUGUACACUUUAAACCACUCCACAUGUCAACACCCUGUAACCACUGACCACCGAUACAGAGCCUCACAUCCAGAAAAACUUCAAGAGUGGGAAGAAGGAAAAAACAAGCGCCUUAAAAAUUAGAUUUUAUUAUAAAACAGACUUUGGAUUAUUGCCUUAAAAUUUAAACGAACGCCUUAAAAAGUCAAAUGAUCGGCUGUUUGUUGACCCCUCAGGUCAAAUCAAUCAGUCUUAAUUUAACAGUGGCAAGUCACAGACAGGUCUCACGCUCCAUGAUAUGACAGCUGUGGGGCGUUCAGGCACUAAAACAAGCGUUUUCUUGUUGUCAUUUUAUCUUUUAUCAAAGUUUUACUUUUAGCAGUUUGAUAAACACAGAGCCUGAACAAGACACGACUCCCUUAUUGUCCAACACAUUCUCCCUCCCAAGUCGUCACAUAUGGACGCAUGUUCAAGAGUUCAGUUUGUAGGGAAGACCUGUAGUGUUGUAUUCAAGGUAGGUGUUGGGUAUUUAAUAAUAAAAGCCGAGUAAGGAGGUGGUGUGCUAGAAACUUUCGACCAGGAGACCAGCGUUUCCCGUGUGAGACAAAAAGUCAACGUUGAAUGUUUUUAUUUAAGUUACAUACGUAGGUUACAUAAGUUGAGUAAGCGACGCUACUUAACUUACGUAAGUUAAAUGACACGAAACAUGAUCUUUUCCUGAACGUACGUUUGUUUAUUAAACCUAAACAAAUUGCGACCUUUCACAACUUUAACACAUACUUUUAUUUUGAAAGUCUAACAGGACAUUGCAUAUGUAUUCUUAAAAUGCGAGGGACCUGAACAAGCGUCCAUAUGUGACGAGUUGGGAAUCAGAACGUGUUAAAUUUUCAGAGCUUCGAGAGAAGACAACUGGACCUUUUAAUAAAAACGUUACACCAACUCGUUCUCACUCCCGACUCGUCACACAUGGACGCUUUUUAACGACCUGGGUACCCUUUAUGGUGUACUCACUCUAGCUGGUCCGUACCGUGCCCGAGCACGUUUAAGACUAGUUCAUUUGACCAUUGUGGCCGCUCGUACUUAAAAAGGUGGGCUCAGGCACAGUUAACUGUGAUUUAUACGUCGAAUCAAUGGCGUAGCCUCUGCGUAGCCCGAUACCCUACGGCGUCGCCAGACGUGCACCACCUCAAAAAUGUAACCACACGUUGUGGCGACGCGGACCGUAAGAACUGUGAUUGGUCGGAUGGGUAGCCUCUCAAUGCCUCAGAGCCGACAGGAAGUGCUUUGAGGAAAAUUUUUCUAGCGGCCAAUCCAGCGGCUGUAACGCGGUGCAUCAGUAUAUUUGACCGUCACAACCCGAGCGAAAUGACUCGUUUCAUUAUCAAAAUGCGAUCCUUUACAUUUGAAAAGUCUAUAACAGCCGCACGUAUACAAUUUUACCCCCGUUCACGUUAGCAGAGGGCUAAAGAGUUAGCCUUCUCCGCCGCCAAAAGUCAACACAGUGGACGCUGUAGCGCUACCGCCAACUAGUGUUUGGCAGUGUAAUUGUGUCGUUUUUGUACGUGUGGGGCUCUGCGGUAAAGUUAGCAACAGUAAAGUUAGCAACAGUAAAUCAGCAACGUCUACUUAGACUUUCAACAUAAAACUAGAGGUUUCUGUUGUGAAACGUCCCAAUUUGGUUAUGUUUAGUCACCAACACUAGUUUAGGUUUAAGAAAAGAUCCUGGUUUGGGUGAAAGUUACUACGAAUGUUAAGUGACGUAACUCGUUGUUUCACACGGGAAACGAACAUCGGUCUCCUGGUUGAAAGUCCGAUUUCUGACCAACCAUCCAGCCCAACCACCUCCUUACUCGGACUUCCCUGUUGGAUAUCAUGCACCUACCUUUGGCGUUCAUAAGUGACGCUACACGGCCCUACAAACAGACGCCACCGAGUCUUGACCAUGUGUCCAUAUGUGACAAGUUUGGAUUGAGAACGUGUUUGAGAAACAUGAUGAUUAUAUCAAAGAAAUAAAGUGUUUUAACAUAUAAAUAUUGAGUAAAUAUGAAGUGUUAGAAGAGUUUCCAUCACAGAUUAAAUCAAAGAAACAUUAGUUUAGUUUAAAGACACGUUACCUCAACUUCAUUACCCACAAUCCCUUAGUGUGACGGACCGGCUCAGCGUAGGUACCUGACUCUGACAGCAGGUGGAGCCGCUCACCUGGACUCAAUCACCUGAAACACAAACUGAAUAUUCAGAUAUUAAAAGUCGGCUUCUCACAACACUACGCUCAGUGUGAUGUCACUGCGUGUGUGUGUUUGCUUCGCCUCCUGAUGACAUCACCGUCCAAUCCCGUGCAGCUCCUGUGCGUGCAGUGUUUAGUUCAGCAGAAGAAGAAGCUGCUUCCUGCCAAAGACCGUUUCUGUUUUCUGUGUGUGUGUGUGAUGCUCGUCUAGCUUUGUGAGGACCGGGUUCAGUUUUAACCCGUCUUUGUGAGGACACCAGGACCUCAAAGGCCCGUUUAAAGGUUCUGUUAGAACCAGGUUCAGGUUGUGGUGAGCGUCACCGAGGGUCCUCACAAGUAUAGAAGUGUACGUGUGUGUAAUACUGUGUGUGUACAGUAGACGACAGUAGAUCUGAUGUAGAAUAAACACAGCUUGUUGAAAACUGUCUUGUGUCCUGUAGGGGGUGGGGGGCUCUGCUCGUCCAAUCAGAGCGAGCGUUACUGACGAGGGCGCAGAUCUACAGAAAUAUAAUAAACACCGAACAUAAUAAAACUCACAGCUCCGCGCUGAUUAUAAAAACCAGAA